UAUGUUUGUUUUUUUGUAAUCAACAGUCUGCGGCGCCAAGUGACAAGGAGGCGUGGUUAUUACAAGCCGGUAAUUCUAGGCUAUUUAAACAACGUGAAACAGACUGGCUGUUUCGGGGAACCUUUAAACAUUCUUUCCGAAUCCAUUGUUUUUCAACAACUGGACAAAUCUUGUUGACAGCUGCCUGCAUUGUCGAUUCGUUGCACAUCAGCAGGCCUGUACAGACGCAGUUGAGAAUCGGUGGGAAAUGAUUCUAGAACAGGUUUACGAUGUCCCUCUCGGUGUCCGUCUACUUGAAAAAGUCUCUUGCCUACGGAAUCUCUCUGAUUUAUGGAAAUUGCGAUGGCACAAGUUCAACGUUUUGUUGCUCACGUUUUUGAGCUACGCCAGCUAUCAUAUGGCACGCAAGCCAACCAGCGUGGUCAAGAGCGUUCUGCACCAGGACUGCACCAACUUAACCGCCCCGCCUGAUUUAAACACAACUGGCAUUGAAGAUACGUGGUGCAGCUGGAGUCCAUUUGAUGGAGAUGAUGCUGAUACGCUUUUGGGUGCUUUAGAUUCUGCCUUCCUCUUUUCUUACGCUUUCGGAAUGUACCUUAUGGGUUCCCUUGGUGAACGUGUCAAUGUCCGUUAUUUUCUGUCAAUCGGCAUGAUGUUAUCUGGACUUUUUGGAUUCCUCUUCGGUUUGGCAUAUUGGACUGACAUUCACUCGUUGGCGUACUUCAUCAUUGUCCAGGUUUUAGCUGGAUUAUUUCAGUCUACUGGCUGGCCAGGCUGCGUUGCUGCCGUUGGUAACUGGUUCGGCAAAAGCAAAAGAGGACUUAUUAUGGGCAUUUGGCGUUCACAUCACAGCAUUGGUAACAUUGCUGGAUCUUUGAUUGCUGGCGCCUUUGUCGAGUACUCGUGGGGCCUUUCGUUCGCCGUUCCUGCUACAAUCAUUUUCAGUCUUGGACUUCUUCUUUUCUUCUUCCUCGUUCCUGACCCACGAGCUGUCGGAUGUCCCGUUCCGAACCACAGCAUCGAACCCAAAUCGAGCCCUCCGAAGAUCGUCAUUCAAGAAGCAGGAGACGAUAGCAACAGCCACGAUUCAACAUCAAUUAAAAGUGGGCAAAGUGGCAAAUCAAUGAAUAAAAGCUCUGACUCUGGUGAUGAAAAAGCCAUCAGUUUUUGGCGAGCUGUUCGAAUUCCUGGUGUGCUUGAAUAUUCGUUCAGUUUGUUCUUCACGAAGUUGAUUAACUACACCUUCCUCUACUGGCUUCCUAAAUAUCUUAAGGACUCGAGCGACACACUGGGCAGCCAAGACGCAGCAGAAUUGUCCACUUUGUUUGACAUUGGUGGAAUAUUCGGCGGCAUCUUAGCUGGCCUUCUGAGCGAUUUGACUGGGAUGAGCGCUUUUACUUGCGCCGGUUACUUUAUUCUCACCAUACCCUCGCUAUUUCUCUAUCGAGAAUUUGGUGACGUCAGCGCUGGAUUGAAUACGUUUUUGCUCUUCAUGGUGGGUUUCCUUGCCAACGGGCCGUACGCCCUCAUCACGACGGCCGUCUCUGCUGAUUUGGGUACUCAUCCAGAACUAAAAGGAUCCACUCGUGCUUUAGCUACGGUAACAGCUAUCAUUGACGGCACAGGCUCAAUCGGUGCCGCCGUUGGUCCACUUAUUGCUGGGGCGCUAUCAAGCCUUGAAAAUGGCUGGGAUUAUGUUUUCUACGCUCUGAUGGUAGCCAGUGCAAUGGGACUGUUGCUGCUGACGCGUUUGAUGGUCAGAGAGGCCAAAGCCAAAUUUGGGAAAAAGAAGAUGCCGCGAAAUGAGCCUAACCUUAGCACGAAUGGCAUAAAACCUGAACAUUAAAUCAAAAUAUUUAGAAAAAAAAUCCAUCUAGCGGUCAAAGCCGCAACCACUAAAGACAUUUGACUCCACUUUAAUCUUAUCACCAAAAUACAGAGGUCUGCAGUUGCUGCAAAAUUGAUCAUGCAAAUACUUUGUUUUCAUAUGUUAAAUAUUCCUCAGAUGUUUCCGCCCUUUUUUUGUGUUACUCCAGUUUCAUCAUAAUACAUGAAAAAUUCAUCAUCACCAAUAUUUGAAAAAAAUACAACCGGUCGAAUAUCUUAA